CUAGUUUUGCGGUAAUUUUAUCACUUUUGCGGUAAAGUUGAGUGUGGCAGUCGGCAUACAGAAGUAGCCCGGUGGGGGGGGCAGAGCAGGCAUCCAACAAGUUUCACACAUCUUUUCUUUGAGCCAAGAAAUACUUUGCUCCAAACCGCGCGGGCACAGGGACGCGGGAAAAUAUGGCUGGUCUUUCAGCCUGGUUUUGGAACGAGAGGUUCUGGCUCCCUCACAACGUAACCUGGGCGGAUCUGGAGAACCCAGCUCCCGGGGUGGAGUAUCCUAAAGCCGGACACUUGUUUACCGCCUUACCGCUAGCUUUGGGAAUUUUCGUCGUAAGGAUACUCUUUGAAAGAUUUAUUGCCGGUCCCUGUGCCCGAAGUCUCCACAUUCAUCAGGGUGCUGGAAGAAGAGCUCAGCCCAAUGCAGUGCUGGAAAAAGUGUUUACAUCCAUCACAAAGAAUCCAGACUCUCGCCAUCUGGAUGGCCUGUCCAAGCAGCUGGACUGGGAGGUGCGAAAGGUCCAGCGUUGGUUCAGACACCGCAGGAACCAAGACAAACCCAGUACACACACUAAGUUCUGCGAGAGCAUGUGGAGAUUUACAUUUUAUUUGUGUAUAUUUACAUAUGGGUUCCAGUUUCUGUGGCAGUCCCCUUGGAUGUGGGAUACACGGCAUUGUUGGUACGGUUACCCCUACCAGGCCAUGACUCCAGGUCUUUAUCACUACUAUGUGACAGAACUGGCCUUCUACUGGUCGCUCAUGUUCUCCCAGUUUACCGACAUUAAAAGGAAGGUUUUUGGGUUGCUUUUAAUGAACUGGAACCAACUUCUGUUUUUGGUAACUUCUUCUUAUCAUAUGUGUGCUGUGAUACAGAACAAAAUGUAUUAUAAUGCUUUAUUUGUGCUCUUUGCUUUUGUGUGUGUGUUUCAACAGGCGGCCAAAAUGACAAACUAUGCCAAGUAUCAGCGCUUGUGUGACUUCCUCUUCAUCGUCUUUAGCGUGGCAUUCUUUAUCACACGGCUUGUUAUAUAUCCAAUAUGGGUCCUGAACUCUACUAUGUUUGAGAGCUGGGCCAUAGUCGGGCCGUAUCCGUCCUGGUGGCUCUUCAACGUUUUACUUCUGGUCCUCCAAGUGCUGCAUAUCAUCUGGUCCUACCUCAUAGCCCGUAUAGCCAUCAAAGCCAUCCUGCGAGGCAAGGUGGGCAAUGAUGUCCGCAGCGACAUAGAGAGCAGCUCUGAAGAUGAGUCAGCCUCGCCAACACAAGGCUUCAAGACCUCCCCUCAUCCCUGUAAGGGAGAAAAUGGCACUAAUGGCCACUGUGCUUCUGCCAAAGCCCGAGCUCAGAACCACAACAGCUGGUGACGCGGAGCCUGAAGCCCCCUGCCGUUCAUCCCCUCGCAGUGUCUUAGAGAGCUUUGUUUGUCUUCUGACAUUCCUCUGACGCGCAAAGUUCACUCCCACAUUCUCUCUCUCUCUCUCACACACACACACACACUACACUGACAGUGAGUGCACACAGAUUCAUGUGUUGGUGAACUGAUGAUAGAUAGACACUGGGUCGUGUGAUGAGGCGACACGUAAAAGCUGCAAUGAAGUCUGUUGAAGCGAGUGAUUUGCAUAGCCUUGUUUUUACAAAUGUUGGGAUUUAUCCUGUGCUUGAAGAUGUUCUUUGGAUUCAAAGUUCUCUCCCAGUUUUAUUGGUCAGAUGAACUUGUUUGGUUAUUUCUAAGGGUUAAUUCACAACAGACAGCACAGGGCACAGGUGUGUCACUGCAGAUGUAGCAACAUUAAUGUAAUAUUACAGCUCUUAAAAGCACGACACCGGCUGUGAGAGACAGUGUGGCUGAACAUAUCUGCCCUUUGCAGUUCAUUGUGAAACGACCCUUUACCGCAAUGUUGUGAGAGAUUUGUUUUAUUGUUUGUUUUGUUUUUUUUUUACUUCCGAGACCAAAACGUUGAUGAAAUUGUUGGAUAUCACUGCCUGUAAAGAAUUCCAGAUAUGAGGAUAAUAAUAAAGGUCUGCAACUCCUACUUUAGUACCUAAAAAAA